UUCAUGUAAGCAACUCAAAACAGAUGACUCCCCAGCACCUAUUGCCAGAAGAUGCCAAAGUUGAUGAUAAGCACCUAGUUUUCAACGCCCCAGAACCACCUGAAAGCCCUCCUUAAACAUGCCCUUCUUGUUUUCCCCCCUCAACAAACCUUCUAAUCUACGUCACAUUGUCUCUAGCCUGCCCAAAAAUGUCAUCUUCCUCGCAUGAAAUUAUCCUCACUAGUUCUCCUGAUGGCCCCAUUAUCGCCUAUGAUGCCUCCUCGGGUGCCAUACUAGCCAGCUUUAUUGGCAGCCGAUCGCCUCGUCAAGGGCUUGUUCUUGUCGGGAACACUUUCGUUGCUGCCUCUCAUAUCUCCUCCGCCACAGCCUCUGCUUCCAUCCACCUCUAUAAUUGGUGGUCUUCAAGUGCCUUCCACCACCUUCCUCUCCCCGAACCUGUUGCUCCUAUCACUGCCACUUCCGAUGGUUUGUAUCUCUUUGCAGGUGGCCUUUCAGGCAGUAUCCAUGCCCUGUCAGUCCCCUCAGGGAACCUACUCAAAUCACUCACCGCUCAUGAAAAACCUGUCUCUUGCCUCAAAAUCAGUAAUGAUAGAUCGCUCCUGAUUUCGGGGGGCGAUGAUGGUGCGGUUGUUGUUGUCCCAAUCUUUCGACUUGUAGAGGCCUCAACAAAUGAGAAUGGAGGCAAUAUCAUACUGCAUCGAUUUCCAGCACAUGCUGAUUCAGUUACUGACAUUACUCUUGGAGUGGGGUUCUGCAACUCUACAAUAAUCUCUUGCUCAUUGGAUUGUACAUGUAAGUUCUGGAAUCUUUCUCGCGGGACACAUCUUAGGACAGUGGCAUUCCCAUGCGCAAUUUUUGGAGUUGCACUAGACCCAAUAGAGUAUGAGUUUCAUGCAGCAGGGUCAGAUGGUUCUCUAUACAAGGGAACAUUGAAGGUUGGAAGCAAAAAACUUGUUAGCCAAGGGGGAGAACUGGUGAAAUGGACCCAAGAACAUGAUGGGGCAGUCAUAUCUUUGGGGCUAACAAAUAAGGGGCGGAAUUUGGUAUCUGCAGCAGAAGAUGGAAGUGUAUGGAUUCGGGUAAUCACGACGGGAGAGAUCAUUAUGGCUCUUAAAAAUGAGAUGGGGAGCAUUAGUGAUAUGGUGGUGAGCACAGGGAUUAGUUAUGGCAAGGGGCAUGGUGUUGGAGGGACUUCUGCAACUGCUGAAUCAGGGAAUUGGAGUCUUGCUGGUAGAGAGUUAAGUUUUCCCAUGAAGCAGACACUAGAAAUGGAAGAGAUAUUGACAUCGGUGGCAAAGGACAGGAGCAGAACCAUUGACAUGCUUGAAUCUGCCAUCGAUAUGUACGAGAAGCUCUUGGAACUCAUUCUCAAAGAAGCCAAGGAAGGCACCGGCACGGGUUGAGGUAGCGAGUAAGAGAAAGAUGUCAUGUAAACUUUAAGUAGCUAAGUUUGUUAUCCAAACAAAUAAGGAAGGAGUAAACAUUUGAAGUCGUGCAGCA